AUGAAUGAAGAAAAAGUUAUUUUAUAUUCAUAUUGGAGAUCAUCAUGCAGCUGGAGAGUCAGAAUUGCUCUCGAAUAUAAACGUAUCAAGUAUGAAUAUGCACCAAUUCAUCUUUUAAAAGAUGGUGGUCAACAAAAAUCAGAAGAAUACAGUAAAGUUAACCCAAUGAAAUCUGUUCCAUCAUUAAUUAUCAAUGGUCAUGUUAUUGGACAAUCAUUGGCAAUUUUAGAAUACCUCGAAGAGGUCUAUACCAUAAACCCAUUAAUGCCAAAAGAUCCAUUAAAACGUGCAAUUUCAAGACAAAUGAUGCAAAUUAUCGGAUCUGAUAUCCAACCACUCCAAAACCUUAAAGUACUUGGUGCUGUUGCACAAUUAUCAGGAGAUGACUCCAAGAAAGCUGAAUGGGCACGUCAAUGGAUCGCCAAUGGCUUCAAUGGUUUAGAAAAACUUUUGGAAAUACAUAGUGGUAAAUAUUGUGUCGGUGAUGAAAUUAGUUUUGCUGAUCUUUGUAUUCCAGCACAAGUUUAUAAUGCACAUCGUUUCAAUUUAGAUAUGACUCCAUAUCCAAACAUUGCACGUAUUAAUGAAACACUUUCUUCAAUCCCAGAAUUCAAAUCUGCUGAACCAUUAAACCAACCAGAUGCAGAAAAACCAACAUGUUAAGAAUAAAAACAAAUAAUAAAAAGUAAAAGUAUAACAAAUAAAUAAAUAAAUAAUAUUAAUGUUAAUAUUACUUAUCAUAUAAAGG